AUGACUACGACAAACACCACUACUGACAUCAAGUCGACGAUUACUCUUGAACGACCAACUUACCCCCUAGGCGUGCCAUUCAAGUUCUCCCCCGACGGUCUUGUCCAGCGGUAUCCAGGAAACACCACGCUUUGUCACAUCCCACUCGACUCCCCCUUGAUAUCUGGCUUACGCACCAUUUACAACCGACUCGGCUCCCACGCGACGCUGUCUCGGCUCCUUCGUCUCCUGCCUCCAGAAUCAUGGCAUAUGACUGUGCUCGACUGUGUUUGCGAGAUCCAGUGUGAGCCAGAAAUGUGGCCGACGGGGAUGAAACAGCGACCUAUUCACGAAUGGACCAGCGAAUUUUCCAAAUCAUUAAGACAUGUCGGCAACGAGCUGGACAAGGCGGGUCUAGCACCGCCUUACAGGAUGCGGAUACGCGGCUUCGAUGCCGGAGUCAUCGGUAUAGGACUCGAGGUCGAAGGUGUAUCCGUCGAGGAAGAAAAGCGGAUGAGGAGACUGAGGGACAAACUUGCAGACGCGAUAGGUUUCCGCGCCCCCAGACACGAGACGUAUACUUUCCACAUCUCUAUUGCCUAUUUAUUGCGACAUAUCGACGACGAGGACAGAAACGAGCUGGACAGGGUACUUGCAGAGAUUCUGCCCAAGGUGAAGAUGGACUUUGACCUCGGAGCCGUGGAAUUCUGCACGUUCGAGAAUAUGUGUGCGUACCCAAGGGUGUUCUAUCUAGGUGGUGAGGAGGGUCAGUCUUAG